AAAAACUUGAGUUGUGAGACGGCUGGAACCAGACGUGAUGUCAUUCUGUCAACAUGACCAUCAUGGACGGUGUUUUUCUGCUUCUGGGGACCUCACUUCUCAUUCAUUAUGGUGUAUCCAUAACGUUGGACGACUGCCCUGCUAGCCUGUUGAGAGACAGGUACCUGCAGGUACACGGCGACCUGUGCUACGAGUUCAUCGUGUACCGUCAGAGCACCCACCUAGCGGCCAAGUCAGACUGUGAGAUCAACGGGGGGAGCCUGGUGUUCAUCAAGUCAGCCGAGACCCAGCAGUACCUCACCCACCAACUUGAGCACACCUACAAAGAGCAUCAGUCUAUCUGGAUCGGCCUCGAUGACAUCGAGAGUGAGAACACGUUUAAAUGGGAAGACGGGACGCCCCUAACCUACAGCCACUGGGCACCCGGGAACGGACUGACUGCUUCCGGGGCACACCCUGCCCAGCAUGAGAACAAGGACUGCGUUGCUAUGGAUACCAGAGACGGGGGGAAGUGUAAAGAGUUCCCGUGCGAGUCCACCGAUAUUCUGGUGAUCGUGUCGACAAACGAAAGACACAGUUACGUCUGCCAGUACAAUCCAAGUGCUGUGGUGUCGCAGGUGACCCUGCCCGCGGGGACCACAAUGUCUUCCAUCACCCACACCCUGCCCGCGGGGACCACAAUGUCUUCCAUCACCCACACCCUGCCCGCGGGGACCACAAUGUCUUCCAUCACCCACCCCUGCCCGCCAUUGUCCUGCAUUGACCACUGCAGUGUCUACAAGAGGGACCCUGUGACCGGAUGUUUUCUGUGUGAAUGUGAAGCAUAA